AUGGGCCCGACCCACUACCUGGACGAGGGGAUGAUCAGGCCGUCCAGCUCCGCCGUUCAGCGGCUGGCUUUCGCUGCCCAGAAGCAGCCGCCGCUGCCGCUUUCCCAGGGGCCCCCGCCCGUGGAGGGGGCGGAUACCCCGAGGAACGAGCUCUGCCCCCCUGAUGGUCUUGAUUGGGCGUUUGCGGAGGUUCCUCAUCUUGGACGAGUUGUGCAGUUGACUCGACACGACAUCAGGAUGGGCGACCGCAAUGCAGUGGUGAGGCUGAACGAUCGUUGGACUCGGGUGGAUGCCAUCAGCCCCGAAGAGCGCGCGGAUUUUGUGAAGGGGGGCGCGCAAUUUCUAUCGGGCCAAGUCGUUCGAGGACUGGGUUGA